AUGGGUAUCAUCAGAGACCAUACCAUGUUCUACAAACAUGGUGAGGAAGGGAAAAUUGCCGUUUUAAUUGUGUAUGUGGAUGAUAUAAUUUUGACAGGUGAUGACAUUGAAGAGUUAACCAGACUGAAGAAGAAACUUGCUAAAGAUUUUGAAGUCAAAGAUCUGGGAGCAUUAAAAUACUUCCUUGGAAUGGAAUUUGUCAGGUCAAGAGAAGGAAUUUUCGUGAAUCAACGAAAAUAUGUACUUGAUUUGCUUAAUGAGAGAGGACUACUCGGGUGUAAAGCUGCUAACACUCCAAUUGAAGUUAACUUGAAGUUAGAAGCUGCCGAACCUAAGAAUAUGGUUGAUCGUGAAAGAUAUCAGAGAUUGGUGGGAAGACUGAUUUACUUAUCUCACACACGCCCAGAUAUAGCAUUUGCAGUCAGUAUGGUGAGUCAGUUCAUGCACUCUCCUGAAUCGGAACACUUUGAAGUAGUGUACAGGAUUCUGAGGUACUUAAAGGGCUCACCGGGUAAAGGACAUAUGUUCAGGAAACAAGGUCAUUUGCAAGUUGAGGUGUACGCAGAUGCUGAUUGGGCAGGCAGUAUAGUUGAUAGAUGA